AUGUUGGGUGAAGCUGCUACGGGUAACCUCCCUGUCCCAACUGCCGACUUGACCAAAAUUGCAACUCAGGCAUGCGAUUCGGCCCUGCAAAAUGUUCAGAGUUACGACCACGAACAGGUUAGCAAAUGGAGCUCUCAAAUAAUUAAUGAAGUCCUCCAAUCACUCAUCCAAGCUACGACGCCUGAAGAGUCCACCCCUACGCCUCCCACCUCACCAUACCGCUUCAACGUGAACUGCACAAUCAUACAACAAGGCGUAGCAUCGCCUGAAGCAGCAGAGUCGAUAGAAAAAGCUGGGAAACGGGGUAUGUAUUCUGCAUCCGGCGCAUACUGGGAUGUUAAACUCGAUGGGAUGUGGACGUUUAAGUAUCCAAAUGCUGAGGAUAAGGGGUUGGAUCUGGUUUUGAAUAUUGUAUGGUUUGGGACGAAGUAA